GGUGUCACCAGCGUCUCUCGGAGGUGGUCUGGUUUCCAACCGAUAGGCUCCUUGUCAAUGUGCCUUCCAUGAUUGGAGGUGGGACGAACGAGAGAUAGGCACUUAUUCACUGCACGACAUUUGCCCCCCGUCCGUCUUAAAAACCACCUACUGCCAACUUCCCCUCCGUGUCAGGUCCCGUUUUCCCCUCCCACCUCCGUUGAACCUUCUUCGUGGCUGGCACAAUGAACUCCUCAGAUCCCGCUGAAGUGGCAGAGAUUGCAAAAUCUGCAGUCUUUACCCACGAUGCUCAUCUCGACGAGAAAAAGGAUCGUAUCUCAGCUGAACUGCGACAGACCAGCUCGCCUGAGAUAGAGGAGAUUCGCGCGAUCCCCGAAAAAGGCGCUGCGGGCUCGUCUGUCCCCUAUGAAGACGACGCAUCCUUACAAAAGACCUUUCCUACCUACGAUGAAUUGAAGACUCUCCGUCGAGUGGCAGGACAGAUACCUUGGACGGCCUACACAGUGGCCUUUGUGGAGUUGUGCGAACGGUUCUCCUACUACGGAACCACCGCCGUUUUCGUCAAUUUCAUCCAGCGUCCUCUUCCCGCGGGCUCCUCUGCCGGUGCGACUCAUGGUCGCGAAGACUUGGUUCCUGGUGCCCUGGGCAUGGGUCAGCAAGCGUCUACCGGCUUGACUUUGUUCAACUCUUUCUGGUCGUAUAUCAUGCCCCUCAUGGGUGCGUACAUGGCCGACCAGUACUGGGGACGCUUUCGCACGAUCAUGUUCUCCAUCGCAGCCGCCCUGGUCGGACAUACAAUCCUCGUCAUAUCCGCCAUCCCACCGGUCAUCAAGAAUCCACACGGGGCGAUUGGAUGCUUCUCAAUUGGCCUAAUAAUCAUGGGAAUAGGAACGGGUGGUUUCAAAUCGAAUAUCUCCCCACUGAUCGCAGAGCAAUACCGAGAGGAAAGGCCAUUUAUCAAGACCCUCGCUUCCGGAGAGCGCGUCAUCGUCGACCCUGCCGCUACUGUGGCGCGCAUCUAUCUCUAUUUCUACCUGAUGAUCAACAUUGGCUCCAUCCUCGGACAGGUCAGUAUGGUGUACGCGGAGCGAUACGUGGGCUUCUGGCUCUCCUAUCUCCUGCCGACUAUCAUGUUCACCUUCUGCCCUACUGUCUUGUUCUUCUGCCGGAAUAAAUACUACCUGGUCAAGCCUACCGGGUCCGUGUACCUGCAAGCCUUUCGCCUGUGGAAGCUAGCCAUGCAGGGGCGCUGGUCUCUAAACCCUGUUCGGCUAUUCAAAAGCAACCCCACCCCAUUCUGGGACCAUGUCAAGCCCAGCGCACUAGGAUCAAAUCGUCCACUGUGGAUGACAUUCGAUGACGAAUGGGUAGACGAGGUUGCUCGUGGCCUCAAAGCCUGCAAAGUCUUCUUAUGGUAUCCUCUAUACUGGCUCGCCUACAACCAAAUGCUCAACAACCUAACCUCCCAAGCGGCGACCAUGAAACUCGGCGGUGUCCCCAACGACAUCAUCAACAAUCUCAACCCCCUCUCCCUCAUCAUCUUCAUCCCCAUCAUGGACCAACUCGUCUACCCCUUCCUCCGCAAGAUCGGCUUCAACUUCACUCCCCUGAAGCGUAUCGCCGUCGGCUUCUUCACCGCCGGUCUCUCCAUGAUCGCCGCCACCGUAACCCAGUACUACGUCUACGAGAGAGGCGAUUGCGGCAAACAAGCCAACUACUGUCUGGAUGAAUUCAACUCCCAUUCCCCAAUCUCCGUCUGGGUCCAAGCCCUCGUCUACAUCCUGGGCGGUCUCUCCGAGAUCUUCGCAUCCGUGACCUCCCUCGAGUACGCCUACACCAAGGCCCCGCGCAACAUGCGAUCCCUAGUCCAAGCCGUCGCUCUCUUCAUGAAUGCCUUUUCCUCUGCCAUCGGACAAGCCUUUGUUGGUUUAUCCAACGACCCACUCUUAGUCUGGAACUACGCCGUUGUCGCCAUCCUAGCCUUCAUCGGAGGAAUUGGCUUCUGGCUAACAAACUAUAAACUCGAUCGCCAGGAAGACGAGUUGAACAAUCUUCCCCAGAGCCACUAUGAGGGCCGCUCUGAGAAUCACGUCGAUGAGGAACACAAGUAAAAUAGCCAGGGAGAGAGAGAGGGGGGUGGGGGGGGGGGG